AUGGAAGGGGUAAACACCGUGGCGAAUAAAUCAGAAGAUACAAUAGUUUGCUAUGCACCAACAAUGAUAACUACAAAUGGUGUAUGGCAAGGUGAUAACCCCUUGGAUUAUUCUCUUCCUCUUUUCAUCUUGCAGUUGACAAUGGUCGUUAUCACCACUCGCGCGCUUGUUUUCAUCCUCAAACCCCUACGCCAACCACGAGUGGUUUCUGAGAUUCUUGGCGGAGUAUUAUUAGGUCCAUCCGUCCUAGGACGGAGCCAAGGAUUUGCCAACACAAUGUUUCCCUUAAGGAGUGUGAUGGUGCUUGAAACAAUGGCAAAUAUCGGUCUUCUUUACUUCCUCUUCCUGGUUGGUGUGGAAAUGGACCUUUCAGUGAUUCGUCGGACAGGAAAAAAGGCUCUGGCCAUUGCUGUUGCCGGCAUGGUCUUGCCCUUUCUAACUGGUGUCUGUUUCUCUUUCAUUCUACAUGACAAUAAACCAGAAUUUCUUACUCAAGGCACCUACAUCCUCUUCCUUGGUGUUGCUCUCUCAGUCACAGCAUUUCCAGUGCUUGCUCGAAUCCUUGCGGAGCUGAAACUCAUUAAUUCAGAAAUUGGUAGAUUGGCCAUGUCUUCUGCUCUUAUCAAUGACAUGUGCGCUUGGAUUCUUUUAGCUUUAGCCAUUGCCUUGGCAGAGAAUGAUUCCACCUCCUUAGCUUCCCUUUGGGUGAUUCUUUCCAGUGCAGCUUUUAUUGCCUGUUGCAUUUUUGUUGUUAGGCCAGCUAUAUCAUGGAUGAUUUGGAAAACCCCUGAAGGAGAAUCCUUUAGCGAGUUUUAUGUAUGUCUCAUUCUAACAGGGGUUAUGAUCUCAGGGUUCAUUACAGAUGCCAUUGGGACACAUUCUGUUUUUGGAGCUUUUGUGUUUGGUUUGAUCAUUCCCAAUGGACCACUUGGAAUUACUCUAAUAGAAAAGCUAGAAGACUUUGUAUCAGGGCUUCUACUCCCUCUCUUCUUUGCUAUUAGCGGCCUCAAGACCGAUGUAGCUGCUAUCAAUGGAGGUCGAACCUGGGGAAUGUUAGCACUCGUUGUCUUCCUUUCUUGUACUGGCAAGAUAGCAGGAACUAUAAUUGUAACAUCCUUUUACCAGAUGCCACUUAGUGAAGGAUUUACACUUGGCUUACUCAUGAACACCAAAGGCCUCAUUGAAAUGAUUGUUCUUAAUGUUGGCAAAGAUCAGAAGGUCUUAGAUGAUGAGUCAUUUGCAAUCAUGGUGAUUGUAGCAGUGGUUAUGACUGGGAUCAUUUCACCCAUUGUGGCAACCAUUUACAAGCCAUCAAGGAGGUUUGUACCAUAUAAACGUCGAACACUUCAAAGAUCAAAACCAGAUGGAGAGCUACGAAUGCUCGUCUGCGUCCACACCCCUCGUAAUGUCCCAACAUUAAUCAACCUACUUGAAGCCUCUCAUCCCACCAAAAAAUCUCCAAUAUGUGUGUACGUGCUCCAUCUCGUUGAACUCACUGGCCGUGCAUCUGCCAUGCUCAUUGUCCAUAACACACGCAAAUCUGGUCGUCCGGCCUUAAACAGAACUCAAGCUCAAUCCGACCACAUAAUCAAUGCCUUUGAAAAUUUCGAGCAACAUUCAAGCUGCAUCUCCAUUCAGCCACUCACAGCCAUUUCCCCUUACUCUUCCAUGCAUGAAGAUAUUUGUAGCUUGGCUGAGGACAAACGUGUUGCCCUCAUAAUCAUCCCUUUCCAUAAGCAACAAACAGUUGAUGGAGGGAUGGAAGCCACAAACCCAGCAUUUCGAACAGUUAACCAGAAUUUACUUGCAAAUGCACCUUGUUCUGUGGGAAUUUUAAUUGAUAGAGGCCUAAGUGGAUCAACGCGGCUAGCAGCGAACGAAGUGUCUCACAAUGUAGCAGUGCUAUUUUUUGGGGGUCCAGACGACAGAGAAGCUCUUACGUAUGGAUGGAGAAUGUGUGAACAACCAGGGACUAGCCUUACUGUGCGGCGAUUUAUUUCAGGUGCGGAUGCAGCAGAGUCUAGAAUGCAUUAUACUACUGAUGAAAAUGACCCAAGGAUGUUAACAGUGGAAACAGACACCAGUAGGGAAAAGCAGCUUGACGACGAAUAUAUAAAUGAUUUUAGGAUCAAGACUGCAAAUGAUGAGUCACUUAUAUACACUGAGAAUGUGGUCAACAAUGGAGAGGAAACUGUUGCAGCAAUAAGGACAAUAGACAGCAGCCAUGACCUGUUCAUUGUUGGGAGAGGACAAGGAAUGAUAUCACCACUAACAGCUGGACUUACUGACUGGAGUGAGUGUCCAGAGCUUGGUGCAAUUGGAGAUAUUCUAGCGUCAUCAGAUUUUGCAUCAACAGUAUCUGUGCUGGUGAUCCAACAGUAUAUUGGGGUAUUGCCACAUGAAUCCAUCGGAACACCAGAUAGUCCAGCUCAACCAGAUGACGAGCAUAUGAACCGGCGGACACCACAAAGGGGACCGGCUGUUUUUGACUAG